CGCGUUAAUCAUACUCGUAUAACUGUGAAUGUAACACAUCGCGUUUGACAUAAUACGUUGUUCUAGAUAAAAAAAUAAAAUUGUUUAAAUUUGUACGUUGUACCACAAAAAUAUUAGUUGUCAAAACAUAAUUUCAAAUACAAAAUUUAUAAUAACUGGAACAAAUAUUUUGAAAAAAAAAUGAAUUCAAUAAUCGUUCCCGAGAGUUUACCGGACAUAUUAAAAAAAUAUGUGAAAGCCGCGAUCCGAUCUCAGCCUGAAGACAUUAUAAGUUGGUCUGCGGAGUAUUUCAAAAGUACAGAUGAUCAAUACGUUUCAUUGGGUACAAAAAAUAGUAUUAACACUAAGCAAAAAAUGGAUCGAACUCUAUUCAGAAUAUUAGCUUUUCAGUUAGGUACCACUAUAGGCACUAAAGAAAGAAUAGAAGAAGUGUGGUCGGACUUAUCGCUUGAUUUCAAUCUAUUAGAACAAAUUUAUACGAUUGGGAAUUUUCGUGGAGAACACGUGGACAUGGUUGAAUUUUUGGGUAUAACUUUUGGACAUUGGACAAAAUCACUAAAAGAAACCAUAUUAUUGUGUUGCGAAGCGUUCUGCAAGUGUUUAGCCACUGACGGUUAUUUCAUGCACGUGGACAUCGCUUGCAAGCUCUAUGAGUACCUCGCGAAAUUGGAUUGUUCGCUUCCGGACGACAAUUAUACAGACGGCGGCAAACCAGCGGCAGUCCAAACCAGUAAGUCUCUGGACGCGUCUCCUGCGCCGCCAGCCGAAGAUGACCAUUUAAAGCAAAGCGACGUUUGUGUGUCACUUGAAUCGAUUUUUUCCCGUCGUCUGACAGCAACAAGCACAGGCGGUAGACGAAAGACCGGAUACCACGUACCGGGUAUCGGACCGACCGCGACUGACGGUCAGGUGCAAAAGGUAUUCGAAUAUUUCAAAAAAUGCGCUGCUGACAACGGCGGUUACGUGUACGAUUUUGACAUCGAAAACGAACGUUGUCCCCAGUUGGACGCUAUUUAUAAUAAUUAAACAACCGCAAACUAAAUGUCGUAACAUUUAGUAGUUUCGUUACGUAACGUCAUUAUAUUUAGCGAGCAAUCCGCUAUCCGACCGUGUCAUCGACCCUAGUGCAGGUACAGAUUCAAAUAUAAACGCGGCCGCCGCGCCAGUGAGCACUUCUUCAGCACUUGCGCCGUAUCAAUACGCAACACGCGUCGUGUUAGUAUUCAAAAUAAACAAUUACCUCUUAAAUAUUGUAUACGAGUGUCAUAUAAGAUGUAAAAAUCUAAACAAACUAAAAAUUGACCAUAACGCUUCAACACUUAAAUUACAAAAAAUUAUUAGGUACCUACUCGUUCGUAAUACCUAGUGAUGCGUAUUAGCUUACACUGCAGCUUAUAGCCGACUAUAAUGUGUAAAUUGUAAACGAAAUAUAAUAUUAUAUUCAUAAAAGAUAUAAUUUGAAUGUUAACUAACGUCGAUUAACAACGAUUCAUUGAAGAAUAUUUCGUGAAAUUGUUGAUCCAAAACAUUUAAACCUUUUUUCACUCCCACCGUCACGGCGCAACAUUCGUAAAAUCGCAGUUAAUACAAAUAACAGUCAGAUAACUGAAAUAAUUGUGCUUAGCAGGACGGACCGUAUCGGUUAAAAAAAAGCUAAAAGAUAUUUUUGCACUAUAACGGUAGUAUGUCCCACUGGAUAUAACUUCAUAGUUAACGUUCAUAGAUAUAGCCACCAUUGCCCGUUGGACACCAAGGCCGAAUAACGAUAACAUAAUUACCGGCAUCAGAAGGCAAUACUAAAGUUCCGGGAAUGACGUCGAAAUUCAACUUUGGUAUCAGAAAAACUGCGUUUAUUGGACGACUACCGGAGUUCUCAAUUUUCUGCUGUGUAUUUUUUUAAAUAUUCCUGAAAAAAAUUAAGACCUAAAUAUUUUAGUUCCAUCAGACGUUGACAGUAGUAAUGGGCUUGCAUUGUACCUUAUGUCCUUUAUAAAGGUGUAACAAAUAGAGCAAUAAAAAUGCUUCCAUACAACUAUCGGUAGCAAAGACGCAAAGUGAAUCUAGUAAAUAUAUUGAGAAACCAACAAAUUUUAAAUAUCUUUCUUAAUAAUUAAGAAAAUACGAGAAUUUCUAUAACAUAAU